AUAGCGAUAAAUUGUAUGGUAGUAAGACAAAAGGGAAAAAAAUGUCUUCAGAUUCGGAGUGUACAUUGUUUCAAUGUCCAAUAUGUCUAGAAGAAUUUAUAAAACCUAAAGCUUUGCCAUGUCUACAUACUUUCUGUAAGUCAUGCAUAAACGAAUUUAUUCGCAAGUCAACAACCUUAACAGAUUUCUUUGUUGUGUUUAAUUGUCCGGUUUGUAGAAAAGAGGUCAAACUUGAAUCAUGUCCGUCUGAUCCCGCGAAAUAUCUUCAGGAUAAUCAUAUAAUACAAAGUAUGAAGGAAACUUGCCUUUCCAAAGGAAAACUCUGUAGCAUUCACAGCUCUAAACAGGCUGACCAUGUAUGCACAGAACAUAAUCAAAUUGUAUGUUAUAAAUGCAUCAUCGAUAAUCAUAGGUUCUGUAUCGUCACAGAAAUAUAUGAGGCUAUAGAAAGUAAAAGACACAGUAUUACACAAGUCCAAAAUCAACUUAUAAUUGGCAAAGAAAAUAUGGGGACUUCAGUCAAUGCUCAUUCUGAAGAGAAAAAAAGAAUAUUAGAAAGUGAAAGAAAAUGUACGGAUGGUGUAAAGCUAUACGUGGACGAGUUGAAAAAUCUCAUCAAAAAGUUAGAGAGUCAAAUUUUGGAUGACAUACAGAAAAAUACAAAACAAAUACUUCAAAGAGUUGAUAAGAAUCUUACGGAAACCAAUAAGGAGAUGACAUAUCUUAAAACGGUAUUAGACGAAUUUGAAAUAAUCAACCUCAAAGACAUUACAGAUUUCAACAAGUUGACAUCCAUAGAACAGAAAUUAAAAACAGCACAUCAGCGAAUGAACAAAACCGGUCGCAAAUCGUUAUCUGAUAUACACUUGUUAAGAUUUCAGCCAAAUAUGGACUUGUUUAAGGUUCUAAAGGAAAACGAUGCGAUUGGAAAAAUAUCCUAUACAGGAAUUAAAGUUCCUGGUAAUGCAAAGACUUCUAGCACACAAGAUGUAUUGAAAUGUACAGAAACAGACGCUAAAACGAAACAGGUUCUAAAACUGCCUUUGACAACCGAGAAUACUGGUUCUUCUGCGAAUAAGGCAACUCACACAAGGCCUGUGAACAAGGUGGUUUCAUUAAAAGACGACAACCAACAGCUGAUGUCUUUAAAGACAAAUACGGACAGGGAAGAUUGCUUUCUUACAGGAAUUACACUCUUGCUGGACGACAGCAUGAUUGUAGCUGACAAUGGAAACAUGAAAAUUAAACAUUUUAGUGCUGGUUGUAAGUUUGUUAGUCAAAAAGUCUUCUCUUCUGAACCUUGGGAUGUUUGCAGAACAGAAGAAGACGACUUCAUUGUUAGUUUUCCAAGCGACAAUUUGAUCCAGUAUUUUACCUUUAGAAAAGGCCUUAUCAUCCCGAAACAAGACAAAAUAUUAACGAACGGCAGAUGUUAUGGACUGUCCUAUCAUUGUAAUAAAAUAGCAACAUGUAAUAGGCGAGCAUCGGGUGUUUUUAUAGAGGUAUAUGCGGGUCUAAAUGGAAUUAUUGCUGAGUUAUGUGUCUCUGCUUCAGUGCUUUCAGAAUGUUGGUACCUUUCGUUUUGCUCAGACGGAGAAAACUUAGUAUACACAGAUCAGACUACCAAUUUCGUUUCUUGUGUUAAUUUAAUGUCAGGUAGAGAGAAGUGGAGAAAAACUAUACGGUCUCCAAGAGGCAUUGCAAGAUGUCAAACGUUUAUGUAUGUAGUCAAUUGCAAAGCCGCAAAGUUAGUGUGUUUAUCAGAGGACACUGGUUUGCCAAAAAGAGAGAUUGAUUGUAGCAGUUUAGAUGGUGGAGCAUUUAGUGGUGUUACCGUCAAUACCGACCAGACAAAAAUAUUUCUAUUACCGAUGAAGGGGUCAGAGGCAUUAGUGAUCAAAUAACUUGUAAUGAUCAUGCACAUAAAAGAAUGAUGUUAUGGAGUUCAGAAUUAUUAAUUAAAUAAAUUAUGUCAAAACGAAAGUAUGUGAUUUUUUUCACAAACUGAUGAUAGAAUAGAUAUUGGAUGAAAUACUUACGCUUUAAUAUAUUCCAGAUGCCUUAAAUAUUGUUCUAAGACGUGAAGUUUUGACUUAUGUUUUGGGGGGAAAGAAAUGUUUUUGAGGUUUGUUUUUUUUUUGGUGGGGUGAAGAGAGUGGUAUUCGUUUUUUUCACGUUUUUGUGAAAUAUUUAUUAUCAACUUAUGCUAUAGAAUAUUAACAUUGUCGUGGUACAUGUGUACUAACAUAUGAAAAUACGUGAUAGAUUUUAUGUGUUGAUUGCAACAAGCCUUCAAAUAGAAAUUAUUAUAAUAAUCUCUCUGAAAACGA